AUGAAGAAAAUAUUUACCAUUCUUCUUAUCUUGGCUAUAGUGGGCUUGGGAUUAGCAAAACCUCCUUCAACUGAAGAUACAUUACCACCUAUAAAUCAAUUGCAAAUACAACCACUAUCUGGAUCACCAUUUGAUAUACUUAACAAUCUUACUGUUCCUUGUCAAGAUGCUAUUUUAGCAUUCUUUGGGAACGCUUCUGCGUGUUUACCAAUUAAUGAUAUUAUUGCUCUUAUGGCCAACCUUAAUACCACUGGUAUUAACAAAUUCGCUGGUCAAAUAUGCCCAGUCCCCCGUUGUAACGACACUAUACUUAAAUUAGGAAAAGAUCUCAUUUCUCAAGGUUGCGCUGCUGAUAUUCAAAACAAACAGAUGAUUCCACCGGCUUUACUUACUGUCGUUUCACUUUAUCCCCAACUCAUGGAAAUUUUAUGUUUCAAUGAUAGCACAAACUCAAGUUUCUGCCUUGCCGAUACUUUAGGAAUAAUAGAUAACUUACAAGAUCCAAACCCUCCUAUUCUUAAAAAAGGACUUGAUAAAGUCCUUUUCGGCUCUCCCGCUGCUUUGUGCACUGAAUGCAAUCAAAGAAUAUCUAGAGUAAUUGCAUUAGAAAUUAUUCCAUUCAUAAGCACUCCAGCUCAUAACGAUACCAAAGCUCUUUUACUUGGACUUCUUAAUAUUGAUGAAUCUCAACUAAUACAACUCCCUGGAAGUAUUAUGAUUAAGUGUGGAUUCCAAUUCUUACUAUCUAAUAAUUUUACAGAUAUCUGUCAACAACCAAAAUAA